UCACAGCACAACACUAGCACAACACGACUCCAUCACUUCUCUCCGUCUCUCCUUCCUACACAGGCAGCAAAGAGAAAAUGGAGCUGCAAGAAGCUAACAGUAGCAAUAAAAAUGGCCAAACCUCAACACCUGACCCAAAAACAGACCUUGAGAACCCUUAUAACGGCAAAGCUCUAGAAUCCCAAUACUUCACUGAAGAUUUUGACAGUACUUGUUCUACACCUUAUGUUAGUGCACCUUCUAGUCCGGGUCGACCAGGAUCCGGGCCCGUUAACGGCGGGUUCUUUUAUAGCUGUCCGGCAAGUCCAAUGCAUUUUUCAAUAACAUCAUCAGCUUCAGAAAGGGGAUCCUUUGCUUCUUCGCCGGAUAAUAGUGUGCCUAUUGGUUAUGAGUUUGAAUUCUCUGCAAGAUUUGGUUCGACCGGGUCGGGUCAGACCGGAUCCAUGAGUUCAGCUGACGAGCUUUUCUUGAAUGGUCAGAUCCGACCCAUGAAGUUAUCGUCUCAUUUGGAGAGACCCCAAGUGUUGGCUCCGUUGUUGGAUCUUGAAAACGAAGAAGAGGACGGAGAUAGAAGUAAUGAUAAUGAAACCAAGACAGGUUCAAGAAAGGGUGGUAAUAACGGUGAAAGUAUGUCAAGAGGGAGAGAUCUGAGGUUAAAGAACAAAUCUUUACGUAGAAGAACAAGAUCCAUGUCACCAUUAAGAAGUACAUCUUUUGAAGAUUAUGAUGAAGAAAACAAGAAUGUAAUUGAUGGGUCUAGUACUUCUUUGGAAGUUAAUGAUGAAAGUCUUAAACUUGACGAGGCAACAACUAGUGGUGGUACAGGCACUCCUUCAGUUUCUGCUUCAUCUUCAAGGUCAUCAUCAGCUGGAAGGAACUCAAAAAGAUGGGUUUUUUUGAAAGAUUUUCUUUAUAGAAGCAAGAGUGAAGGGAGGAGUAAUAACAAGUUCUGGUCUAACAUUUCCUUUUCGCCAGCCAAGGAGAAGAGUAAGCAACAUAGUGGUAUUGUUCAACUUGGUAUGUCGAAAGAGAAGUCUAGCAGCAGCAACAAUAAUGGGACUAUUGUUGGUGGUGAGAGUCAGAAAGUGAAGGGAAAUAGUGGGCAAGGCUCUUCUUCUUCUUCUUCAGGGAAGAAGCCAGUAAAUGGUGUAGGCAAGAGGAGAGUACCAGUAUCACCACAUGAGUUACAUUACAAGGCAAGUAGAGCACAAGCCGAAGAGAUGAGAAAGAAGACAUUUCUGCCUUACAGGCAAGGUUUGCUUGGGUGUUUAGGUUUUAGUUCGAAGGGAUAUGGCGCUAUGAAUGGAAUUGCAAGAGCUUUGAAUCCAGUUAAAUCCAGGUAAUCAUUAAAUGUGUUAAAAAGGAAAUUGUAUAGAGAUUUUAUGAUUAAUUUUUUAAUCUACUUUUUUCCUGUCUAAAUCUUGUAUUUUAUGCUCUAUCUAUGUAUUUAUUGAUAGAUGCUCUCCUCUUUUAGUUCAAAAGAGAAGUUUGUCCAUGGUCUAUGUACUCUCCAUUAAUGGUAGCACUUUCUUUGGUAAAUAA